AAGAUUAUCCAAAAGUGGCAAAGAGAGCCAAGAUUUGCAUUCAUGACCAAGAGUGAAAUUGAUCAUUUGGAUGAUGGUUUUAGAUGGAGGAAAUACGGCAAAAAGCAGUGAAAAGCAGCCCCUUUCCAAGGAGCUAUUAUCGUUGCACAACUAUUUCAUGUGGAGUGAAGAAGAGAGUGGAAAGGUUAAUCAAAGAUACUUCAAUAGUUAUUACAACUUAUGAAGGUACUCACACACAUCCGUGCCGCAUUACGCCGCCGCGCGAGAGCAUUGGCUGUGUUCUGCCACUAACCACCACCUACUACGAUGGCUCCAUUGGUGGUAGUAGUGAAGGCGGAGGAAUUUACAGUAAUUCCUCUUUGUCUAUUCCACAACUUCAAUAUUAUCAAGAUCAGCAGCAACAACCCCUCCAUUAUUCCCCUACUACAACUCUACCUUUAAAUAACUUCAAUGUUGGUUAUUCAUCCUUAUUUUCAACUAAUUAUUCACUCCAAGAAAGAAGGUACUUGCCCUCCCCGUAUUCUUCCUCUUUGGCCGGAGACGAUGGACUUCUUCAUGAUAUGGUGUCAUCACAGAUGAGAAGAGGUACUAUUGUGUCCUUCUUCCGCCGUUUAUGUCAAAAAGUUAUCACACUGGAAAAUCUAGAUUGUUUCGAGAUAGAGAUUAGCGAAACAUUGAAUCAAUUGGAGCGAAUUUUUCCUCCAACUUUUUUUGAUAUAAUGAUUCAUUUGCCUAUUCAUUUGGCAAACGAAGUAAGAUUAGGAGGUCCCAUUCAGAAUCGAUGGAUGUAUCCUCCUGAAAGAUAUAUGUGCACGUUAAAAUCAUAUGUUCGCAACAAAAAUCAUCCAGAAGGAUCUAUUGCUGAAGCAUACUUGGUUGAAGAGUGUUUGACUUUGUGCUUUAGAUACUUACAUGGGGUGUGCAAACCAGAUUUAAUAGAAGACCCCGAAAUAAUGAUGAAUGUGGUUAUGAUACACAAACUUUCAGUUUGUUCCCUAAAAGAGGCUGCCCUUUAGGAGCCAAAAAAAGUGAUCCAAUUGUUUUAGAUGGCAAGUCACUAUGUCAGGCACAUGCAUAUGUAUUGAACAAUUAUGAUGAAGUUCAAGAAUA